AGAAAGCGACCCUGGUUUGAGACUGAGGUUCCAAACAUUUCUGGAACAACCAUAAAUCUGGCACAGCUGCUGACAGUGGUUCCAAGGUUCAUUGUUCCAUCACAUUUUCAAGGUCUUCAGAAGAGAAAGGAAGCUAUUCCGAGUCAGUCGCUGUCUCAUCGAUUGCUUGCCAUUUUCUGCCAAUGUAAAAUCUGUUGACUGUGUGUAGAAACCCGAACACGUGGGUUCUUUUCGUUGACCCUAAGAAGAACACACUAAUCAAGUAGGGUUGGUAACUGGUUAACCAAGAUGGCGGCAGCUCUGGCCACCAAUCCGAUCCUUUUGGGUUAUCCAGAUGAACUGAUUGGUCCCGAAAGUGCACAACAUUUAGACUUUACGACUAGCAAAAUUGGCGGAAAGCCGAAUUGGCCACCGAAUGCGAGCACUCAAUUGGAUUUGAAAUGCCAUUGUUGCGGUCACACAACGGUUCUUGUCACUCAGAUUUAUGCUCCUCUGGACGGUUCUGUCUUUCAUAGAACUUUAUAUAUGUUUGCCUGCCUCUCCCCGGGUUGUUGGAACAGAUCUGAGAGCUGGAAAUGCAUUCGGUUACAAAUGGUGGAUCCAAGCUAUAACGUCACCAAAGCCGAGGUUUUGCCCCCCGUAAAAAACACCCAAUCUAGCUUAUUCUCAGAAUGUGACGACUGGGAUGACGAUAUUGAAGAAGAGAAUGGGAACGUGCUUCCUCCGAAAGCAAAAUUUCUCGAGCAAUUCGAUUCCCUUACUUUGUCAGAUGAUUCUCACCAUCGGUCGCACUCUUCGCCGAGUAGUAGUGAUGAUACCAGUGAGAUUGGCCCGGAACCCGUGGAUCCAAAUGCUAAUGCCAAUGCAUGUAUCCAAGGAGCAGCGGCCAUGACUCCCGUGGAUGAUGCGAAAAUUGGGUCCAUGGGAUCGGCUGAGAUUGAGGCAGACCAGGACGGUACGGACAUGAUCGCCAUUGACACUCCGGAACUAGGGGAUGUGAAUAUCCCCAGACUAUUCCAAACGGCUACAACCAACGACAACAUGCGGCAAAGAAAUGCGAAUACCGAAUUUAUCCCAUAUUACUUAGCCGUGGAAGAAGAAGCUCCAGGUCAAGGAUUGGACUCUCCAACUCUCACAGAGCACGAGCGCCAGCUUUUAUUGGAGUAUAAGGCCAAAGAAGCUGCCAGUGGGUUGAAAGAAGUGUCUCAAAGGACUAGAAGCACCGGAAAUGGGGAUAGGGAUGGAUACGAAAAGGUCCUACCUCGGCAUGGAGAUGCUUACUUUCACAAGUUUAUUAGCGUCAUCCAGCAAUGUCCUGGGCAAAUUUUGAGGUAUUCACGCGAUCCAAAAACCGAACCUCUACUCCUUCGCGAGCACCCCCGGCCAUUGGGUCUUUUGAAAUGCUCCCAUUGUGGUGACAGAAUGAUCUGCGAAGUCCAGAUUCUCCCAACUUUGCUUCCUGUGCUUCAUCUCCGCUCGUCUGUGGCGGUGUACGAACCGGAUGCCACCACAACCAUCUCUUCUGCGUCCUCCGAGGCUUUGGAGUUUGGAACCGUUUUGAUCUACACAUGCCGCGCCAGCUGUUGGGAGACCAGCGAUGAUAAAAGCUAUCGAUUGGAGCACGUUAUUGUCCAGGAAGAAGUUAUUUAGGACCGGUGGCAGUCUGGUAGACCUUGACGGUCGGUGGUCCAACGCCGCGAAAUAAUCAAUAAGUGUAGGAUAGUUGUCAAAGGAUAAUAAGGAUGCACUUCCCCGGAAUUCUGGGACCAAUGAAGCGCAAUGAUGAACGAGUGUUUCCAACAAACUUUCGAGAAAGCAUGCUUUUAGACAAAGUUUCAUGUUUGCUCCCCUCAAAGAAGACUUGCCUGAAGGUAUUUCUUUAGCUUUGAAAUGGAACAAAAUGGGUGCGCAGGUCCCUCCAAUUUUCUAACAUUCCUAGCACAAAAAAUGGAGAAGGUUUUGCUCCUUGGGAACCCUCAAGUCUCCAGAGCAUAAGCGCGUUGUCAGUCAAUCUUUCAAAAUGCCACACAAAAAAAAAACAAGUCGCCAACACACAUAUCUGAUCCUCCCCAGCACACUGCAUAAUACGCUUCUAUACGUGUACGUAUGAAAGAAUGAGUGAGACAAAUACAUCGAAAUAACAUUAUUAA